AUGAUAAUCAGCAAGAACACGAUUAAGUUGGGAGCAAUCCGUCAAUUUGCAAAGGCUUUGACGAAAACUCCCGCCGCUCAAGUGAGACUGUUCUCAAGCGCAUUUCGAUCUUCUUCUGCUCAGAUUGAAGUGGAUGCAAGUGUAACACGUGGCAGCAUGAGACGAAUCACCAUGACACCCGACGUCAGGAGCCCCAUGAUGCCAGAACUUCAACCAGAAGUUAUCCAACCUGUUUGGGACAACUCUCUCACAACUCCUGCACUCACAACUCCUACUCAUCACCAUGACAACUCCUGCUCUCACGUCGUUUACAAGGGUCCAGGACAUCCUCUCUGUUUUGAGACUGGUCUUCCCAUGCCGGAGAUACUGCAUCCCACUGAUGUCAUCAUUAAGGUACUGAAAACAACAAUUUGCGGGACAGAUCUCCAUAUUCUGAAGGGGAACGUGUCAUCUUGUGAACCAGGAACGAGACUUGGACACGAGGGUAUUGGAGAGAUCGUACAAGUUGGUUCAAACGUUCAAAAGCGAAGAGUUGGCGAAAGAGUCCUGGUGAACACGACUACCCAAUGUGGCGUAUGUGACAACUGCAGAAUUCAGUUCCAUGGUCACUGUGUGGAUGGGGGCUGGCAGCUGGGUAAUACCAUUGACGGGAUGCAAGGAACCCAUGCUCGGGUACCUCAUGCAGAUUUCAGUACACAGCUCAUCCCGAAGGAUGUGUGGGAUACUGACAUAGAGGAUGCUAUAGUCAUGUGCUCGGAUAUCCUCCCAACGGGAUUAGAAGUAGGUUUGUUGGACGGAGCUAUCAAGCCUGGAAUGAGUAUAGCUAUCGUGGGAGUAGGUCCGGUUGGUCUGGCGUCUCUUAUCACUGCAGGGUCCUAUCAACCUGGGGAACUCUUCGUUAUUGAUACCAACAGUCAUAGACUGGACACAUGUGUGGAGCUGAAGAACACAACAGAUGGACUAACCACUGUUCCCCUACACACGAUAGACAACAGUGCAGGAACAGCGGUGGAAGAAGUGAUGACCCUGACACACGGACACGGGGUCGACCUCGUGGUGGAAGCGAUAGGAGUUCCUGUCGGGUGGUACAUCUGCCAGGACAUCGUUAAAGCAGGAGGUCACAUCGCGAUGCUGGGAGUUCACGGCAAGUCAGCCACCAUCAACCUAGAGAGAAUGUGGCACCGCAACUUCAGGUUCAGCGCUGGACUCGUCCAUGGGUAUACGAUACCCUCCCUCGUUCAUAAGCAAAAAAAGGAGUCUGAUCCUCCGUUUUUACGCCCACUCCUGUCCACCUCUGUUCAGGAUACCAGUACGUUCAGUUAUUUCUGUUUCCGAACAACCGCCGGUUUUAGAUUCAAAUUAGGGUCAGAAGGUGCUCCUCAGGAGAAAUUAAAGCUCUCUAUCUCGGAAUACAAUGAGUAUCUCAAGGCGUUUGAGGAACUGGACAAGGACAAAACUGGUGUUCUGAGGCCAGCAGAGCUGUUUGAAGCUUGCCAGAACCUAGGAGUAGAGCUGUCCAUACAGGACGCUAUAAACAUUGUCAAUGAGGUAGAUACGAACAGGAAUGGGGUAAUAGACUUGGAGGAGUUUCUGAUAAUCAUGGCGGGCGGGGCUACAGAGAGAAUUGUAGACAACAGACUUCAGAGACUGGUGGAACUUCACAUUAAGGAGGAAAGGACUGAGAGAAUCCCCACUCAGCGCAGUGGUGGUGGGGUGUAGUGGUGUUAUAUGUGCCACCCUAUCCCCACUCAGCGCAGUGGUGGUGGGGUGUAGUGGUGUUAUAUGUGCCACCUUAUCAGCGCAGUGGUGGUGGGGUAUAGUGGUGUUAUAUGUGCCACCUUAUCGGACCUUACUUGACCGGACAUUGAGUAAAAGGCGGUGAUACACUAGGGCCUCUAGCGUCCAAUUAAUUUCCGUUCAAAUAAAGUCCGAUAGGGUACUGAUUUAUAGUGUAUAGCGGAAGGGAUAGUUGACUUAGUAAACCAGAUUUGUUUGAAAGCGUCAACAUUCAAAUUACAUCUUUUAGGGUGGAAGUACAUUUUCUUU